AUGUUAUAUAGUUAUUAUGAAAACGGUAAUGAUCAUUUAAGUGACAAUUUGAGGUUGUUGAUUUGGAUUAUUUAUUACUCGAGGAUGUUUUCAAUGGAAUCGAAGACGAUAUUUAUAUAUUUCCUUGCUGUAUUAGCAUUAAAUGAAGCAAAAGAAGUAACAAAACGAAAAAGACGUGGGCAUUAUGGAUCAACUUACACGUUAGGAAAUAACCAAGUACAAAUUGGUGAUAGUAUAGCACCUAGUAGUGAAAGUUUGUAUUCAUACCAAAAUGCAAAAGUAUUAUCUCUGCCAGAAUACUCGACAGAGGCUCUAGAUUUAAGCUAUUAUCAAAUAUCGUCGAACUCUAUUGAAAAGCCAGUACAAGAGACCCAAGAAUAUGUACCUCCACAGUCUGUCGGAGCUGCUGUUAUACCUUAUCAACCACCGCCAGCGACUCCUGUCAAUGCAGCUGCUUCUAAUGUACCUGGUGAUGGAAAUUCAGUUUUCCUCGGAUCUGGAUCACUUGGAGUAAUUAAUUUAGGAGGAGGUGCAUACAUAUUGGGAUCUGGAGCUCUUGGUUACUCAGAAAUAAGAAGAAAUCCCAGACCAAGUAUUAAAGCCUCAACUUUACCACCGAUUCAAGCAUCUCCUAAUUUAUUACCAGCAGCUGUAAACUCUCCAGAUGUUCCACAACAGAGACCCAUAUUUAGUUAUUCGUUUCCACCAGGUCAAAAUAUACCACUAGAUCCCAAUGGAUACGAGUACCUCUCACCUAAUCAAGCUGGUUUUGGAGAUCCUCUACCACCUCGACGUUUGAAAAUAACCAACGCAUACGCUGUUCCUACCAGCCUUGUUUUACCGCCUAGAAUUAAAUCUCCGACGCAACUUCAAGGUCUACAGAAUUUCCAACCUAUACCGCAGAGCUACCAAUCGGUUCCAGCAGCUUUAACUGUACCACAGACUUUACCGCAAACUAUACCGCAGACUAUACCGCAAACUAUACCGCAGAGCGUGUCACAGCCGAUCACGCAGUCUGUUACUGUGCAAUCUGAUUAUUUGAAUAUUUAUCCUAAGAGGGUUGAUAAUUUGUAUGAUUAUUUGAAGAAGUAA